AUACACACUUUGGGAAUUCUACCCGCGUCUUCCAGAACAUUGCGUCUGAUUCAGUUCAAACAAAGAUGCUUGUCAACACAUACUAAUUCGCAGAAGUAUGAUCACUUCUUCCGCUAUACUAGUGUUCAACGUCGAGGCACUCAAGCGCAUUGCAAUCGAAAGUGUCGGUGCUAAAUCUUGCUCUUCAAUGACCAAGAUAAGCGAGUCGGGUUACAACAGAGUGUUCAAGUUGAUAAUGGAUAACGAUUCCGUUGCUAUUGCACGCAUCCCCCUUCGAAACCUUUGUCCAGAUUCUAGAGCCACAGCUUCUGAGGUAGCAACUAUGGAUUUCGCUAGAACCAUUCUAAAUAUACCGGUUCCUAAAGUCUAUACUUGGAGCGCAGAGUCCAAUAACCCUGUUGACACAGACUACAUCAUAAUGGAAGAAGCACCAAGAAUAUCGCUGGCAGAUCGAAAUUAUGAGUGCUAUAAGAGUGUCGCGUCAAGAGAAGAACUUGCCACAGAACUAGCGUCAAGAAAAAAGUUCGUCGCUGAUAUAGUGGCCAUAGAGAAGAAGCUACUUUCUGUAGUCUUCAAACGCCACGGUAGUAUCUACUUUACUGAAGACUGGUUUUCUGGGUGUGAAAAGGCAGAGGUUUUGAAUGACAUACCCAUUGAAUUGAAGAAAGAAGUGGAAGAGCGUUUCGUAAUUGGUCCACGUGUAGAAGACACGUCAUGGAAAGAAGAGCUAUCAGCAUUGCGAAUCGACCACGGUCCCUGGAAAACUGCUCACGACUUCCUCAAAUCUCAGGCUAAUAAUCAGAUUAAAUGGUUGAGUCAAAGUAAUCUUCGAGAAUCGCCAAAGGACUCAUUUUUCUACUGCCAGCACUCUCCUGGUGCCCAUAUUGAUCUCUACAACAGAUUUCUGGACAUCCAUCGCUUUAUUACCCCAGAAGAUGCCAGGAUGACACAAUCUAAUCUUUGGCAUACCGAAAUUGAUUCAGACCGCGUCUUCGUUAAAGAUGGUAAUAUCACUAGUCGUAUUGAUUGGCAAUUUGCAUGGACUGGCCCCUUAUUCCUCCAAUUUGACGAUCCGGCUUUUACAAAGUACAAUCGUGCGAUGAAGUUAAAAGAUUUCAAGGAAGCUAGCCCGCUUGCACAUGACGGCAGCCGCGUCAGGCGUGUGGGUUUCGGGUUCUCCAGAAAGGAUCUAUACGAAUUAGAAAUCGCUGAACAGAGUUCCUUACUCAACAAAAUGAAGAAUGUGCCUGCUGCAAAUAUUGUGAAAUUGAGACAACGUUUGAUAAAGCUGGAAAGAAAUUGGGGUAAAAUGGAAUUCAACAUUCCCUGCCCAAUUCAUUUUACAGAAGAAGAGGUACAAAACCACAUACAGGAGGUCAAUGCAUGGGAGGACAUCUCCCAGUUCUGGGAAGAAAUGAAAGAAUUCAUUGACAAAGAUGGUUAUAUCUCUAAUGAAGAUUAUCAAGAAGGCCUUGAGAGCUGGCGUAUUGAGCGAAGUGUGUGCAUUGAAACCCCUGUUACUAAAGGCUGUGUUUACACUUCGAAGGAGAUAGUGGAGGCAUUUGAGAAGAGCACUAAAUGGAUUGAGAAAAAUGGAUGGGAGGUGCUUAGAAAGCGUGUAUUACUGUAUGGUGAUGGAAUAAUUCCUGAGUCUAGAGCAUUCAGUAGGAGCAUUUAUGUCUAUUAG